AUGCGGAGCACAUCUGUCCCCUUCACUGCUCAUCACCUGAACCACCGCCUGGCAGAGCAGGGCUUCAUGAACAGCUCUAGUAUUCAGGUUGAGUGGGAGCUGCAGAGAUCCUGGAGAGCAUCCCAGACCUCUGUGGUCUCUGGAUGGUCAUCCUCUGCCCCGCUUCGAAGGGGUGGCUGUUCUGUGGCGGCUCCUUCCCUUUUCUUCUGCAGCUCCCACAGGGACCUCAUGGCCACGGAGCGGAGCGGGGCCAAGAAAUGGGAGACUGGGUGGCGUGCAAAGACUGCCCAGUGGCUGGUGGUGGACACAGAGAGCUUCCUGCUCAAGGUCAUGGACAAGGACGGGUGGGAGGAGGGAAUGUAUGCCCAGAACCGUAUCCUUGGUCCAUUUUUUGGCUUCGCCUCAUCAGAAUGGAGUGUUGCUCGUGAAGCAGAGACACCCGGGAUGGCUUUCUCCACGGAGGGCAGCAGCCUCCAGGCCCAGAGUGACUGGAUAAGCGUCUGGACCCGCUCAGUCGCUCAGUCUUCUUCCUGUGGACUGGUGUCAGCCACAGCCUCGACCUUGCUGACUUCCUCAGACUUCCAGCCAACCCCUCAGCCCUCUUUUCUAGAAGGUUCGCUUGGAAGUGGCUCUGAUUAUCAGACUUCCAGAGCCAGCUGCAAAGAGCACAGCGAGGAAAGCAGGUCUCCCAUGGAGGAACAAAGGCCCCGGAAGCGGCCUCGCACAGUGGCUCCUGAUCCAGCCUCAGAGGGGGACCCCCGGGAGUCAGACCAUCCUAAUGUGGAAUUUGAAGACCUCGGUGAAGCAGAUGGUCCGGCAGAGUCAGGCCAACCCAAGAAACCCAUCGCUUAUGUGAACCCCAUGAGGUUUGAGGUCCCUGUCCGCACAGAGCCAGCUGGACCUACACAAAGAGGCCGCAUCCAGAGAAGACCCCAGCAAGCAGAGAGAGCUCACACUCAGGGACAGGGUCGGAGAGCAGGAAGGCACAGACACUGGGAGACAGACUCCCGGGAGCAGCUAGAACGCUCUCAGGAACCUGUGCACGGACAGUUGGUUGGCCAGGAAGAGCCAGGCCAUCGCGUGGACCCGGAAGCCAGCUGGACCUCAGCCUUCUCCUUCAUCACAGCGUCUACAGUCCGUGAAGAUGAGUUGUUGGGCCGUAGCUCCCACUCAAACCAGCUGGCGGGGGCAAUCCGGGAGCCGCCCCCUGUCUCGGGUUACUGGGCUGUCACAGGGAGGCAGAUUUCAGCCAUCUAUCCCUACAUAGGCUUCAUCCCGCUCUUCGGCUCCUCCUUGUACUUCGUGGAGACCCCAUUCGGCACCCACGUGUUUGGAGUCCCCGUGUUCUUCACCAACAUCGCGCACUGACCUGUCGGCGGCUUCAGCUUCCUUCUCUCCUGCUUGGGACUGUGUGCAGUACGGCUCCCUCCUCACCUGGAACCCAGGGAGAGAAUCCCAUUUCUGCCCCACACUCCCCUGCCUGUACCAAGCAGUGCCUUCCUGGUGUGGCUCCAAAUCCUCCAGCACCAGCCAUCUGCUCCCAAAGCCCCUCCUGGCCAUAUUUUAUCUACACACACAUAUAUUUAGUUCCCCAGUCCUUGUUAAAGUAAAUCAGUAGUCUCUCCUUGUCCUCCCUGCAGCCAUGUUUUUUCCUUCCCAAGAUGUACAACGACCAAAUAUUUUUUUGAAAAGAGGGCACCAGGAUAGGGGAGAGCAAAAAAGGGGGAAAAGUGACACUUAAGGAAAUAAACCUAAUAGAAUAUUCAGGAAAGUGGACUUUUAUAAGAAUAUAAUGAAUAUCCUCAGAGAAGAAUGGAAUGAUGUUUUAUCCGUGAGAUGAUAGCAUGCACCUACAUAAAAAAGCCAAUUACAGAGACUAGGGAUGAGAAACAAGGUGGUUAGAACACAACAUUAUGUGGAUGGUUUGAGUCAUACAAUGGAUGGGGUUGAGGAACUAAUCAGUAACUAGAUGUUUGGGCAGAGGGAGGCCCUGGAAUGUAAAAGAUGUGACGGAUGAGUUCUGCUGCAAGCAGCAUGAACACAGGAGAAACUGAACAUUUGGAUGAGAGCGACAUACAAAGAAAUGGCCACUGAUUGCGCCAAAGUCAUAUGUCCAUGAGCAAGAUAUGAGAAUAGCACGAAUUUGGAAGUAUGAAA